UCCAAACGUUCCGUUCACUUGUGGCAAGCAAGAGAUGGGACGAUCACAAUGAUUUUUGAUCGAGUGUGAGGUAGAGUCGAAGCAGAAUCGAAUCAAAUCGUUCAUUUACUUCAUCAUCAUCAUGCCUGUUUCCUCAUACCCACACCCCAAACCAACACCGAACUCCCCGCCCAGCCGGCAAACUGAUUUCGAGAUCAAUCGUGCUCUAUUCUGGGCUGCCCGGGUGGGAGAUCAUGACACAAUCGCUGCGUUACCACGAAUCGCAAAUCGGUCCUGUUACGGGUGCUCUUGGGACCCAGUCAAUGAAGCAGGAUGGACCCCGCUUUGCUUGGCGGCCAAGAGCACUGGACCCCGUGCACUCAGCACUGUCCGACUCUUGGUGGAAAGGGGAGCCAAUGUCUACCGGCGAACUUGCGGUGGAAUGUCUCCUCUUUCCAUUGCUAUUCUGUUUGGCUCCUGCGACACGGCCAAGUUUCUGGUUGGUCGAACGGAGCAAAACAUCAUUGCGGCUUCCUCCAUGGGGAAACUGGGUCGCUGUACGAAGAAAUUGAGCUCUUGCUUGAGCACGAUGGUUCAGCUGGCCGUCUCUACCGAAGACGAGGCUCGAGACCAGUGGACCGAACUAGCACGGGAGCUUGUGACAAGGGGCGCCACCGUCGACACGUUCGAUGCAGACAAGAACACGCCCCUUAUCGCGGCUCUUUGUCACCAGCACUAUCCACUGGCAAGAUUUCUGGUUCAACAGGGCGCCAGUGUCAACCGGCACAAACGCGGUCGUAGAGAGGGGUUUCCUUUGAGUUACGCCGUUCAAGAUGGACGAUGGAAACUGUUUGCGUUGCUUCUUCAGAAAGGAGCCUCUCCCGCUCGUGUCACGCAAAAAAUGAUCCUUCAAAGCGGCACGAACGUUUUCCGUGAUCGGACAAAGGAUGGAUGGUCACCACUAGAACUGGCAGCAGCGAGUGGAAGUUUGCAUCUGAUCUUCGUAAUGGUCUUUGCACAUGUAAUGGUGGAAGGAAAGAUAUGAGUCCAUGGGGGUGUUUGUACCGUAGUUCCCUAAACUAAUCUACAAAAUCUGCUGCAUCGCUGAACAGAAAUCUAAUCAAUCUCUUGGAAGCCAUUAUCCCGAGCC